UCAUUAGCAUAGAAGACUUAUAACGAGUUCUAAAUCGUUUUCAUGAAAUUUCAUAAAUUGUAUAUUUUAGUACCGAAUUUUGCAAAUAUUGUUGAAAAAGUUAGUUAAAGAAGUCUCUAGCACAGACUUUUUGUAUAUUUUAAUGAUAUAUCGUGAAAGGCAUGAUGCGGCGUAAAAGUAGUAGGAAUGCUUCUAAAACAACACCAGAGUCAAAAACCGAAACGCGAAAAUCAACCAGAACCAGAGUUUCCCGGCGACGCAAAUCACCUUCUGUGGAAAUAGAAGAAUCUACUACUCCUGAUGUAAACGAUAGCAUUAACGAUGAUAAGUCAGAUAAUUUGGAUGAUACAACUUCCACUACUCAAGAAGAAAGCAAUAAUGAAGUUAUCACUGAUCCAUCAGUAGAGAAUGAAAGUAAAAAUGAAGAUGAAAAAGGGGGCCAUACCCCACCUCAUAUCGAAUCUACAGGUAAUGAAGCACCAAAGAUAGAUGAUCUUGACGCUGAAAAAGGUAAGUCUAAAGGUAUAAGUAACUCAAAAGUUGAGGAGAAUUCUGAAAUUCAAAUGAACAGUGUCACCAGCAUCAAUCCAGAUGAAGCUAAUAAAAAUGAGAUUAAUCCUGAUGUAAAUAUUUCUUUAAAAGAAAAUGAUGAAAUAUCUGAAAACCAAAAUGUUGAUACAGAGUUAAAGAAUGAAGUAUGUUUAGAUGAUACUGUAGCCAAUAAUCAGUCGGAGAACCCUAUUGUAAAUCAGCCGGAAAAUCAAAGUGUAAAUCAGUUGGAAAACCAAAUUGUUAAUCAGUCGGAGAACCAAAUUGUAAAUCAGUCGGAGAACCAAAUUGUAAAUGAGUCUGAUAGUAAAAACGAGGAAUCUUCAGAAAAUAGUGAAGUGACAACUUGUGCAGAAACUGAAAGUGAUAAUAAAUGUACAGCUGAAAUUAAAGAGUGUGAAAAUGUGAAUGUUGAAAGUGAUAAAAAAGAAACUGAAAUUGAACAAUCAAAUAAUAAUGUUGAGGUCGAUGAAGCGGAAGAAGGCGAAAUUCGAGAAUCAAAAUCGGAUGAAGAAAAUGAAGUAGAAAUGAAACAAAUACCAAGUAUUAAAGUUAAGAAGACACCUAUGAAGGUAAAACUUAGACGAGAUAGUCUAUUUGAUUCAGUUGAAAAACUGAAUGAAGCAGAUUUUAACCUUCCUGCAAAAAAAAUGAAAUGGGACCCUGAAGUACAUGAAUGUCUGAAAGUUUCAUUUCAUGAUAUGCACAGAUUAGAUACUGAGGACUUCAAAAGUCUUUCUUUAGAUUUGAAGUUAGCUGAAGAAAAUGAAGUUAAACUAGAAGAAAUAUACCAACCUAAAAUAAUCAGAGAACGAGUGAAAUCAAUGGAUACAAACAGUGAAGAAAUUGAAAAGCCUGCUUACUCAAAACAACUGUCAACUCCUUCCUCAGAGGAUCCCGAAAAUACAAAUAUAAUAGCAAUCAAUAGGAAGAUUAGUAUAGUUGAUGAUAGUGCAAGUAAACUAAAACCACCUCCAAGUCCUGCGAAGCAACCCGUUUCACAAAUCCUAUUUAUUUCCAAUUUGGUUAGACCAUUCACAAUAAAGCAGCUGAAAGAGCUGUUAGAAAGAACAGGUACCAUCAAAGAGGGAGGUUUCUGGACAGAUCGAAUCAAAUCAAAAUGCUAUGCUUGGUAUAACUCAUCAGAGGAAGCAGAAGCCACAAGAAAUGCUUUACAUGGAGUUAACUGGCCCGUUGGUAAUGGAAAAAAAUUGAUCAUAGAAUAUGCAACAGAAGAACAGAUGGAAAGAGAGAAGAAUCCACCUGCUCAGCCUGCACCACAGCCUCCACAAGCAGCGCCCCCUGUAGUUAAAAGCCCUCAGAAGGAGAUAACCGAACCUGUAUAUGACCAGAGAAAUGGUGAUAAGAGAGAAGAAAGGAAAAGAAAAGACAGUGAAAAAGAAAGGGAGAGAACAAAACCGGCUACAAGAGAAUGGGAUGUUGGAAAAGAGAGCAAUAAGGACAGAAAUCGUUCCCGAAGUAGGGAUAGAAGAAGGAGACAUAGUGGCAAACGGUCACCAACACCCUUAAAAGAUUUUAUUGCUAAAAAACAGAGAAAGUUGGAAGAAUCUGUGCCUCAAAAACUUAUGGAUGAUCUGUUUCAACGUACUAAAGCAAUGCCCUGUAUAUAUUGGCAGCCUCUCUCUCCAGAUGAAAUCUCCAUAAAGCAGCAACAACGUUUAACAAGAAUGGAAGAGCACAAAAGGCGACUGGAAGAGAAUUCGCGUACCAGGGGCGUCGGUGGCAGAGAUAGGGGGUCUUAUCGAAGACGUUAUGACUAAAAUUGGUAUUUCAGGAAUAUUUCCUUGAAUGUAUGAUAGUAAUGUAUACAUGGGUUCUCUAACAAAUUCCUUAGAUUAAAUUAACUUAAUUCCCCUAAAAUUAAUCCCUCAAUCUCUUCUAUAUUCGAAUCCCUUUUCCCUAUAUUUGUUAACACUCUCUUUCAGAUGUGAAUGUUCCAACCGAAUUUUCUUUUUUUUUCUUAAAUCCCAAUCUUAACACACGUUUGUGAGAUCUCACUGCACUGGUAGACUGUAGUUUUCCUCUUGGUCCCUUCCUUAAGAAACACUUGUACCUUCUGGUUUGUUGUUAUCCCACCCUGUGUGCUUGUGGUCGAGUGGUAAUAGUGAUAUUUUUAGGAAUUUCAGGCAGGAAAUCGUCAUGUACAGUACUGUGGGAUUUUUUUUUGUUUCAGAAAGGAAAACUUGAGUUCGUUCAAUCUUGAAAAUUUUCAUUUAGUGUUUAUGAAAACUGCGAUUUAUUCAAUAAAAUUUUUAUUCACA